AUGAAAAAUACUAAUUGAAGAAAUAUAGAAGGCCGCAAGAGAACUGCUCCUUUAAAAUCACUAGAUGGAAUUCGACAUAACAGUCAAACUAAGCAGGAUAAGCCUAGACUAUUCAUACCAAAUGAAGAAGAAAAAUUAUAUGGCGACCGAUUUCCUUCAGGAUUUCGAAAAUUGAAGCUUCUCGGCAAAGGAGGAUGCGCCAUGGUAUGGCUUGGCGAAGAUGAACUAACAGGCAAAAAAGUUGCAGUAAAGCAAGUAAGCCGUUGCAGUAGUUCUGCAGCAGUUGAAAGCUGUAAAAGGGAAAUUCAUUUUGGAAAAAUUCUCAAUGAGGUUAGACACCCAGCAAACCAAAGUGUUGCCCACUUAAUUACCUCAAAAUCUGACCGACAAGACCUGUGAGCUAUUUUUGAGGUAGGCGGAUCAAGCUUAAGCAAAGCUUUAUUUCAACUUAAAGGAGAAUUCGUUAAAGGCGAAAGAAUCUAUCAAGUCGUUCAUGGCCCUCUCUAUGAAGAAAUCAAGAGAAACCCAGAAAUUUUAAAAGAGUUUGUAAAGGAAAUGCUGGAAGUGCUUCAGCUUUUCUCAGAAUUGAAUAUUGUACAUAGCGAUUUAAAACCUGACAAUAUUUUGGUAAACGAAGAGUAUUAUGAUGGAGUCAAAUUAAUUGAUCUUGGAUCUGCUUUUAGCUGCAUUGGGAGUGGGAGCAUAAAUACAGCUACACCUGAAUAUAUGCCACCAGAAGCUUUGGAACUAGCUCAUUCUCCAGGCGAUCAUGUAGCAACCUUAGCUCAAUUCAGCAGUCCUUGAUCUUUUGAUAUAUGGUCACUUGGGAUGAUUUUGUUAGAAAUCGUAUCUGGAGUCCCAUUGUGGAUGUCACUGAAAUCAAGAGUUAACCGAUUUGGAAGAAUGUCAUUCUGUAAAGGGCUUUUAGCUGCACAAGGAAGAGACCCAGCUACAAUAUUAAGGAUGCAGCAUGAAGUCACCCGAAACGUUGAACAAACCAUACACAAAUAUGCAGCAUUUACUGUAACUCGAAAUUUUGUGGAUUUAUUAAGCAAGAUGCUAGCUUGGGAUCCAUCAGCAAGAAUUUCUCCUGAAGAUGCAUUAAGUCAUGCAUACCUAAACUAA